AUGCCUUCAGGCUCCCCGACGCCUUCAUCAUCAUCGUCGAGAUCGUCCGCUACACCACCACCCGCGAUAUCACCGAAGAAAACCUCGAGGGACAAGGGGAAGAGCAAGGCGACUACCUCGGCAGACCAUGGAAAAAACGAAGGGGUUGAUCUGAACUGGGACUAUCAGCCUCCUGCUGGAGCUGUUCUGCUGAACGACAAGGACGAAGAUGCAGGCGAGUUUGAUUGGGAUGCAGUGAAUAACGACGAUGACAUUGAGCUGUGGCUGAUCCGCGUUCCGGAGGGGAUUAAACCAAAGCACUUGGCCAACCUCGAGGUCGAUGUGCCUUCGUCAUCUAAGAGCUCAUGUAUUGGGACCUUGCAACGGAAGCACGCUGCAUUUGACUUCUGGUCUGUCGGAGAUGACGAUAGUCAACCUACAGGCGGGGAGGAGAUUAAGAGUUUGUCGUGCCUCUUGCCUCGCAAAAGUAAAAAAGGAAAACUCUACCCUGCACCAAAACCUAUUGCUCACCGCAUUGUCGUUGCUGCUCAGGCGAUCAUACCCACUCCGCCAACUGACGCUGGCGCUACCCAGUACACGAACCCCCCACGUCAUUCUUAUUCCAAAGAAGUCCUCAAGCAUAAAUUCAUGCCCACUGGCUCGAUGGUCGAUGUCACAAGUUCUCACACCGAGGACGUGGUUAUGGCAGAAGUCGAAGCAAUCUCCACAUCAGACCAAUCCUCCCCCAAGAAAAGACGCGAACAACUAGCGACUGUGGAACCUGAACCCGAUGUUGAGAAGAAUGCGAAGAAAUCAAAAGGGAAGAAACGGAAAGGCGAUGUUGCGGAUACCUCAGAAAUGCCAGCAAAAAAAUCGAAGAAAUCAAAGUCUUCAUCGUAG